AACAUUAUCAUUAUGUUUAGCAUUUUGCACAUGAUACCCACUCAACUUCAUCUCAUAUAUCCGACCACCUCCCCUUGCACCUCGUACCCAAUCACUUCCACAACCAAGACCAAUGCAAGCAGUGGAGGGAUCGAUGGUCAUGGAGUAUAGGAGUCACCAUAUUUUUUACAGUAGUCACCAAUUAAAAAAUGCCAAAACAUAAUUGUAGACAUUAAGCAUGCCACAAUUGUUGAGUGUCAAGUUAAGCAAAAGCAAGGAUUAAUAAUGGUGUUUGUAUAAUUUUGUUUUACUUGUUUGUCUCCUGAAAGUACCAUACAAUCUUCGAAGAUGAUCGGGAAGGACGAGUUCGUCUCUUACUCGCCCCUUCCCUCCAACCCUAACCCUAACCCUAACCCUAACCCCAACCCCAACCCUUAUCCCAAUCCUAAUCCUUAUUACGACCCUAACCCUCAUCCUUACCCCCAAAACGUCGUCGUUUUGCUCCCCUCCUACCGUCCCCAUUUCCAGCGUCGUCGCCGCCGCUGCAUCAUCUACUCCGCGGCACUCUUCCUCUUCCUCCUCGUCGCUGGCGCCGCCUUCCUCCUCUACCCCUCCGACCCGGAGAUUCGUCUCGCUCGGAUCCGACUCGACCGCAUCGGGAUCCGAACCAACCCGAGGCCCAUUCUCGACCUCUCAUUCUCCCUCACCGUUAAAGUUCGCAACAGAGACUUUUUCUCCCUUUCCUAUGACUCCCUCACCGUCUCCGUCGGCUACCGCGGCCGCCAGCUCGGCUUCGUAACCGCCGGCGGCGGCAGCAUCAGGGCGCGCGGCUCCUCCUACGUUGACGCCACGCUCACCAUCGACGGAUUUGAGGUUAUCUACGAUGCGUUCUACUUGCUCGAAGAUAUCGCUAAGGGUGUGAUUCCGUUUGACACUGACACGCGAGUUGAAGGGAAAUUAGGCCUUUUCUUCUUCACUGUUCCUUUGAAGGCAACAGUGUCGUGCGAAGUGGAUGUGAAUAUAAACCAGCAGACAAUUGUACGACAAGACUGCUAUCCUAAGUCACUAGGUGAUCCGCUGGAUGAGAGCGCAUAUAUUGAAGCUGGAGAUACAUGAUGUGAUGUGGUAUCAACCUUUUGUAUCCUUUGUCUAUACAGCGCUGCUGCUGGUGUUUACAUUACAUUUAGCGUGCUGUAAAAUUGUAUAUGGAUCACACACCCUUGUAAAUUAUGGUUGACUACAGACCACUUGCAUUUUGUAUUUAACGCUCGUAUGAGGUAAAUUCAAUUUAAAUGGUACCUGGGAGUUUGUCAGUUAUAUAGUUGAGAAAUAAAAGUAUAUUUUACUUAUCCUUUUAAA